AUGUCCUCUAAAAACGCGCGAAUUGUUUACAAGCCACAAGGAAGUCGAGAAGAAUACUUUGUAUAUGCAUAUCCCGGAGAGUUAAAAAAGUGGCGCACGGAUAAAUCUAUCCCAUUAACGGAUGUCGUAGACUCUUUUGAUAUAUUCGAAAUCCUUGGCGGCGGAAAUGACGGUAUCGCGGGACGUGCAUCGAAGCAAAGAUUAGAAAAUGCGUUUGGUACUAGCAAUAACACAGAAGUAAUUGAGAUUAUACUAAAAGACGGGGCGAUACAUAGCACAGUCGAACCCGGGAAUUUUGCAACAUUCAAUGAAACCCGUGGGAAAGGAGCGGCAACUGCCGAAAAUGCUGUGGGAAUUCAUAACUAA